CUGCCCAGAGCUCCAAGUGGCUUCCUGCUGCUUGCCUCUAAACCCCUCCACAUUCCUGCAGCCCUUCAGACCGCCGGAACUGUUCUGCCGCCUGCCUGCCUGCCUGUCUGCGCCGAGGGUUCCCAGCACCAUGAGGGCCUGGAUCUUCUUUCUCCUCUGCCUGGCCGGGAGGGCCUUGGCAGCCCCUCAGCAGACUGAAGCCCCUGAGGAGGAAAUAGUGGCGGAGGAAACUGUGGCUGAGGAUACUGGGGUCCCUGUGGGUGCCAACCCAGUCCAGGUGGAAAUGGGAGAGUUUGAGGACGGUGCUGAGGAAAUGGUCGAGGAGGUGGUGGCUGACAACCCCUGCCAGAAUCACCACUGCAAACAUGGCAAGGUGUGCGAGCUGGACGAGAGCAACACCCCGAUGUGUGUGUGCCAGGACCCCACCACCUGCCCUGCUCCCAUUGGCGAGUUUGAGAAGGUGUGCAGCAAUGACAACAAGACCUUCGACUCCUCCUGCCACUUCUUUGCUACCAAGUGUACCCUGGAGGGCACCAAGAAGGGUCACAAGCUCCACCUGGACUACAUUGGGCCAUGCAAAUACAUCCCCGCCUGCCUGGAUUCCGAGCUGACCGAGUUCCCUCUGCGCAUGCGUGACUGGCUCAAAAACGUCCUGGUCACCUUGUAUGAGAGAGAUGAGGGCAACAACCUCCUCACCGAGAAGCAGAAGCUGCGGGUGAAGAAGAUCCACGAGAAUGAGAAGCGCCUGGAGGCUGGAGAUCACCCCGUGGAGCUGCUGGCCCGAGACUUCGAGAAGAAUUACAACAUGUACAUCUUCCCUGUCCACUGGCAGUUUGGCCAGCUGGACCAGCACCCCAGUGAUGGGUACCUGUCCCACACUGAGCUGGCCCCACUGCGUGCUCCCCUCAUCCCCAUGGAACACUGCACCACACGCUUCUUUGAGACCUGUGACUUGGACAAUGACAAGUACAUCGCCCUGGACGAAUGGGCCGGCUGCUUUGGCAUCAAGGAGCAGGACAUCAACAAGGACCUGGUGAUCUAAGGUCACACCUCCUUCUGCAGUCCCGGAUUCUCUCCCUCUGAUGUCCCCCUUACCAUUCCCCCUUUGUUAAAAAUGUUUGGAUGGUCGGCUGUUCUGCCUGGGGAUAAGGUGCUAACAUAGAUUUAACUGAAUACAUUAACGGUGCUAAAAGAAGAAGAAAAAAAAGAUACUAUAACCUAAGUCAUGGCAUUUUCCCAUGUAACUCGACUCUGGGGCGUGGCCCAUCCACAGCCCCCACAGCCCCCACGUCCCCUCCACGGCCCAGUGCCUCACUGGCUGUGUUGGAAAUGGAGUCACACGAGCUUGCCUUACCCAAGCACGAGGUAUCUUUAGCUUUCAUUCCUGUUUUCCACUUGACUCUAACACUCACCCAUCCAGACUCUGCUGAUCUCAUUUUGGGGUGGGGGCUACCUGGGGUCUUCCCCAGGUGUUUCGUAGGAAGGCAAAGGAAAGUGACAGACAUAGGAUACAAAAUUUGGGCAAGGAUGCUCUGAGACCCGAGGAUCCACCGUUCAGAACCCAGUCAUGGUAGCCUAGAUCAACGAUUUGAGAGAAUAUUCCGGAGCUGUGAGGACUCCCAGCAGCCCAAGACCUCACUGUCUCUUCCACUCUUUAGGCAGUUUCUUUCUGUGUUUGGUUGUUGGUUCAAAUUUUGGCAAGCCAUGGGUCUAUGGGUGGACCAGAACAUCUCACAGGAUUCUCCUACUGAUAAUGGGCUUCCGGGGUUCUUCCUGGGGGCUCCAGGCACUGGGAGGUCGUUUCAGGAAAGCAAGACUCAAGAGGAAGGCAUAGAAAGUUGUAACGUAGAGAAGGUGAAGCUGGUGAAUUGGUUUGAUUUUUUACAUCUAGACGGCUAUCAUGAAGUUUCUAGCAUGCCCCCACCCCCACC